AUGGAAGGUCAGGUUGGUUGUGGGGUCAACGAAGAUUGCCAGUGGGUGGAAGGUCAUCAGACUGGUUGUGGAGGCAACGGAGAUUGCCAGAGGGUGGAAGGCCAUCAGAUUGGUUGUGGGGUCAACGGAGAUUGCCAGUGGGUGGAAGGCCAUCGGGCUGGUUAUGGAGGCAACAGAGAUUGCCAGUGGGUGGAAGGCCAUCAGAUUGGUUGUGAAGGCAACGGAGAUUGCCUAUGGGUGGAAGGCUAUCAGGUUGGUUGUGGAGGCAACGGAGAUUGCCAGUGGGUGGAAGGCUAUCAGGCUCGUUGUGGAGGCAACGGAGAUUGCCAGUGGGUGGAAGGCUAUCAGGUUCGUUGUGGAGGCAACGGAGAUUGCCAGUGGGUGGAUGGCUAUCAGGCUCGUUGUGGAGGCAACGGAGAUUGCCAGUGUGUGGAAGGCUAUCAGGCUCGUUGUGGAGGCAACGGAGAUUGCCAGUGGGUGGAAGGCCAUCAGGCUGGUUGUGGAGGCAACGGAGAUUGCCAGUGGGUGGAAGGCUAUCAGGCUGGUUGUGGAGGCAACGGAGAUUGCCAGUGGGUGGAAGGCCAUCAGGCUGGUUGUGGAGGCAACGGAGAUUGCCAGUGGGUGGAAGGCCAUCAGGCUGGUUGUGGAGGCAACGGAGAUUGCCAGUGGGUGGAAGGCCAUCAGGCUGGUUGUGGAGGCAACGGAGAUUGCCAGUGGGUGGAAGGCUAUCAGGCUCGUUGUGGAGGCAACGGAGAUUGCCAGUGGGUGGAAGGCCAUCAGGCUGGUUGUGGAGGCAACGGAGAUUGCCAGUGGGUGGAAGGCCAUCGGGCUGGUUGUGGAGGCAACUGA